ACCUAACACCAUAUAUUCUUGUUUUUCAUCUUCACUGUUAGUUAACAAUGGCUGAAGCUGCUGCCCUCGUCAGUGUCAUUUUUGAGAAGCUAGCCGAUGAAGCCUUCAAGAAAUAUGCUCGCUCUCUGAAUAUCCACUCAGAGCUCAAGCAAUUGGAGAUCACCUUGUCCCGGAUCCAAGCUCUGCUUAUAAUUAAUGAUGAUUCGGACAAGGAAAUAACUGAUGAAUCUGUCAGACUAUGGCUCAAUAGUCUCCAACGUUUGGCUUACGAUAUUGAUGCUGUACUUGACGAUUUGGCUACAGAAGCCAGGCAUCAUGAGCUGACCCAGGAGUCAGGGGCAGGCACAAGCAAGAUAAUAAAGAACAUCCAAAGUUACUGCACAAAUUUCUCACUUACUCAAAGGUUGUUCUCACUUACUCAUAGGUUGUCUCCCGAGUUACAUAACAUUAUCACCCAGUUACAACGUCUAGAAAAACAAAAGUCUGAUCUAGAUUUGAUUGUGAAAGAUGAAAAGCCAAAAAAUAAUACUAACAGAAGAAAUGAAGUCUAUUUGCUAGAAAGUGAUGUUGUUGGAAGAGAGGUUGAGAAAGAGAAAUUGUUGAACAAGUUGUUAGGGGAUGAUGGGUCAUCUCAGGAAAAUUUUAGCAUCGUACCCAUAGUUGGUAUGGGUGGGGUAGGAAAAACCACUCUGGCUAGACUUUUGUAUCAAGAUACAAGGGUGCAGGAUCACUUUCAACUCAAGUCAUGGGUCUCUGUUUCUGCUGAUUUUGAUAUCUUUAAGAUAAGCAAAACCAUAUUUCAAGAUGUGUCUAAGGACGAAAAGGAGUUUGAAGAUUUAGAUAAGCUUCAAAUGGCUAUUGCAAGGGAAAUCAAGGACAAAAGAUUUCUUGUUGUACUUGAUGACGUGUGGAAUGAAAACUAUGACGACUGGGAGAGGUUAGUGCUCCCAUUUCAUUCAGGGGCUUAUGGAAGUAGGGUAAUCAUGACAACUCGCAAGCAGCAACUGUUUAGAAUGAUAGUUUUUAAUCAUCUAGACCAACUUGAGAUUUUGUCGCAUGAAGAUGCUUUGUCUUUAUUCGCUCUACAUGCAUUGGGUGUAGAUAACUUUGAUUCACAUACACCACUUAAACCACAAGCUGAAGGUAUUGUAAAAAAAUGUGGUGGUUUGCCUUUAGCUUUAAAGGCAAUUGGAAGGUUACUGAGUACAAAAACCGGAGAAGAAGAAUGGAAUGAAGUGUUGAACAGUGAGAUAUGGAAUUUGGAAAGUGCUGAUGAAAUUCUCCCAGCCCUUAGGCUAAGUUACCAUGAUCUCCCUGCUGAUUUGAAGCGAUUGUUUUCAUAUUGCUCCUUGUUCCCAAAGGACUUUUUGUUUGACAAGGAGGAGUUGAUUUUAUUAUGGAUGGCAGAAGGGUAUCUAAAUCCAUCAUAUGCAACCAAGUCACCAGAAGGCAUAGGCCGUGAAUGUUUUGAAACAUUGUUAUCAAGGUCGUUUUUUCAACAUGCGCCUAAUGAUGAAUCUUUGUUUGUCAUGCAUGAUCUCAUGAACGACUUGGCCAAAUCUAUUGCUGAAGAUUAUUUUUUUCAGUUUUACAAUGAGAGAGAGAUGGCGGAGGAAGCUUUGGCAAAGUACCUACAUAUGUCAUUUAUUCGUGAGGAAUAUGUAGCUUACCAAAAGUUCCAGACAUUUAAAAGAGCUAUAAAUUUGAGAACAUUAUUAGCUGUAUCGGCUGGAGUGAAUAAAAGUUGGGAAACCUUUUACUUAUCUAGUAAGCUUUUGGUUGAUUUAAUCAGAAACUUACCAUUUUUAAAGGUUCUUUGUUUGAGUCGUUUUGAGAUAAGUGAGGUACCAGAUUCCAUUGGCAGUUUAAAGUACUUGACGUAUCUUAAUUUAUCUCAAACUAAAAUCAAAAGGUUACCACAGGAUGUUGGCAAUCUUUAUAAUUUACAAACUUUGAUCCUUUUUGGUUGUACGUGUUUGACUAUGUUGCCCGAAAGUUUCCUAAAGCUGAAAUUGUUGCGGCAUUUAGACAUCAGGGAUACUCCACUCCUUGAGAAGUUGCCCGUUGGAAUUGGUGAGAUAAAAGACCUACAUACUCUCACCAAGAUCAUCAUUGAAGGAGACAAUGGUUUUUCAAUAACCGAGCUCAGGGGUUUAAAUAAUCUUCAUGGAGAAAUUUCCAUCCAGAGGUUGCACAACGUGCAAAGCCCAACGCAUGCACAUGAGGCAAAACUAUCUCUAAAAAGGCUUACUAAGUUAGAGUUGAAUUGGGGCGAAGGUUCUCAACAUGGAACACUUGAAAAGGAGGUUCUCAAAGAGUUGGAGCCUAAUAGUGAUCGGUUGAAAAAGCUUUCAGUUGAUUCAUAUUCGGGAAUAGAGUUUCCAACAUGGGUUGGGCACCCCUCUUUUCGUCGGUUGGCUCAUGUGUCGAUAAGAAAUUGUAAGAACUGUGCAACUCUGCCACAACUUGGACAACUACCUUCACUUAAGGAGUUGUUUAUAGAUGGCAUGGAUCAGGUUAAAUUUAUAGGUUCGGAGUUUACCGGCACCAACCAGUUUGGCGCCGCCUUCCCUUCACUUGAAAUCCUAAGGUUUGAAAAUAUGCAGGGGUGGGAGGUAUGGUCAGCCAAUAGUGAGGUUUUUCAUGCAGUGUUUCCAUGUCUUCGAGAGCUUCAAAUAAAAGAUUGUCCCAAAUUGAUUAAGGUCUCAGUUGAAGAACUACCUUCACUAGAGGUUUUAAAAAUAGACAGAUGUGAUGUUUGUGUGCUGAGAAGAAUGGUUCACGUAGCUUCAUCAAUUACUAAGUUGGAAAUUAUGUCUAUUUUUGGGCUUACAUAUGAGGCGUGGAAAGGCGUUAUGGAGUAUCUUGGGGCAGUUGAAGAAAUAAGAAUAUAUAUGUGCAAUGAAAUAAGUUACUUGUGGGAAUCAGAAGCAGAAGCAAGUAAGGUUCUUGUGAAUCUAAAGGAAUUGUAUGUAUACAACUGUUCUGAUUUGAUAAGUUUAGGAGAAAAAGAGGAGUUGGAGGAUAAUUUUGCUAGCAACCUCUUAUCAUCUCUUAGGAUUUUGGAUGUCUGGCAUUGUAAGAACAUGGAGCGUUGUUGUUGUCCAGAUAACAUUGAGAGUUUGUGUAUUGGUUCUUGUAGUUCAGUUACACGUGUCUCCUUCCCAACAACGACAGGAGGGCAGAAGCUUAAAUCCCUUGAUUUAUCUCUUUGCAACAAACAAACUGAAAUCAACAACACCACAGGCAUGCCAAUGCUAGAAUAUUUGUUUAUUUAUCAUUGGACAAAUUUGAAGUCAAUCACUCAAUUCGACUUCAUUCACCUCACCCACCUUGAGCUAUAUGAUUGUCCAAGUGUUGAGUCAUUUCCUGACCUGCAGUUGCCAAAUCUCACAUAUCUGGACAUAGCACGUUGCCAAAACAUGAAGGCAUUUGGUGGCCUGCAGCUACCAAAUCUAAUCAGUUGGAGGAUAGAAGAUUGUGAAAAUCUGGAGUCAUUUCCUGACCGUCAGCUAUCCAAUCUCACCAUGUUAAAAGAUAUGCGUAUCAUAAAAUGUCCAAUGAUUGAUGCUUCCUUUCCUCGUGGGCUUUGGCCUCCCCAAUUGUGUUUGCUUGAAGUAGGGGAGUUGAAAAAACCCAUCUCAGAAUGGGGCUAUCAGAAUUUUCCAGCUUCCCUGGUUGACUUAAGGUUAAGUGGCGAAUCCAAUGUGAGGAACUUUAGUCAAUUGUCCCGCCUUUUCCCUUCUUCUCUUACUAGACUUUGGAUAGAAAGGUUUGAUAACCUGGAAUCAAUUUCAAUGGGACUCCAACACCUCACCUCCCUUCAACAUCUGCACAUUGACGAUUGUCCAAAGGUGAACGAUCUACCAGAGACGCUAUUACCUUCACUUUUAAGUCUGAUAGUCGAAAAAUGUCCAAAUCUUGAAGAAAGGUGUGCAGGAAGAGGCUCUCACUACUGGCCUGUCAUCUCUCAUAUCCCACGCAUCGAAAUAGAAUCCAGGGAUUCCGAUUGAUUGGACUCAUUGAAGAAAGAGAGUUUGGAAUUUACAGCAAGAGACUGCUUAUAAAGAAACAGAGUUUGUGGUUUAUAGCAAGAUGCAACUUAUGCGGAAACAAAGUUUGUGCUUAUUGAUCCAGCAGCCUAUUCUCUGCAGUACAAAAGCAACCGAUGAUGAUGGGGGCGGUUACCCAUCGGACCGGUUGGCCGGGUCUGGUUACAAAAACAUUGGUUUUUAGAUAGAUAUGUAUUUUUUGAUUCCUCCAAUGAUUUUUACUGGAAGUUGUUCGAAGCUCGGAGUUAUUGUUCUCAGGUUACAACGAUUAGAAAUGCGACUUCUUUCACGCGCUUCAUAGUCACAAAAAACAUUAACAAAACAGCAUUGCAGCGGUUUGAUUCUUAUAUCCAUGGGAAUUGUGUUGAAGAUGGUCCCUGAAAAUAAACUGACUCCUAGACAGUUUCCAAAGAUUCAAGAGCUUGUCUUCUCCGAUUUCUUUUCUUUCUUUUUUGUGACUUCACUCAUAAAGGUUCAAAUUAGCAAUUUUUUGGGAUCAUUGGAUUGCAAAAUCCAUAUGGAGUUCGGUUCUAGCGUGGCUCAAGCUUCCCUUUUCUGACUUCAGAUAGAACACCACUACUCAUCAACUAUGCUAUGGAUCACAGGGGGUCAAAGGAAUGGACAAAAUUAAUCGGGGCUGUGAUUAUGGUGGUGAUGUGGGAGAUAUGGAAGUCUCGAAACGAGAAGACUUUUAAUAAUCAUCAUAUUCACUUCAUGAGAACGGCGGAGCUAAUCAAGGAAUAUUUGUUUCUUUGGAUCACGAGUAGAUCAAAGUUGUGUAAUGUUAAUUGGUCUUGAUGGGUUGAUUUUAAUAUUCGUGAUGUAAUUUUGUAAUUUUGGAUUCCAGUUUCUUGUUGGCCUGGUUUCUAUUCGUGAUGUAAUUUUGUAAUUUUGGAUUCCAGUUUCUUGUUAGCCUGGUUUCUAUAUUUAUAUGUAGAGUUUCACCUUUAAAAAAAUA